CCCCCCCCCCCGUUACCGGAAUUCAUGGGAAGAACCUAGAUUUAAAAUCCGCGCGCACUCUCACACAUACACACACACUCUCUCUCUCUCUCCCGCGCUCUCUAUUCCACUGGAUGGUCUAUACGAUAUUACUGCUCGGUUGAAGAAAAAGCGGGGUCAAGGUCUAUCACUGCGUUGUAUUCCUGGUAGAGGAGGGAGCUACCAUGCCUGCUUCUACAAGAUUGGAAGACGUAGAGGCCAAGUAUGACGUGGUGUUGAAUUAUCCAAAUCUAGAGCUACAUAGUGCUGCCGCAGCGGGCAAUGUCGGUUUGGUCCACUACGCCCUGACUCACGGUCAACCCGUCAACUCGGUGCUCCAUGGCGUCUUACCACUCCACGCAGCGUGCUCAGGUGGAAGCGUCAGCGUCGUCAGGAUGCUCAUCGAACGGGGAGCAGAUGUUAAUGCUCCGAGAUUACCUAGAAGGUAUUCGGACGGCAAGAGGAGCAAUGCGCCAAGUGUCGGCGCAGCUGGCUCCACACCACUUCAUUUCGCCGCUGCCAACGGUCACGCUCCUAUCGCUCAGAUUCUCCUCACUUGUGGGGCUAUCCCCGAUAAGCAAGAUAAGAAUGGCAUGACGCCUGAAACCCUCGCAGAAAUCAACCGACACACCGAUGUCAUUCGGGUCCUUCGUGUCUGGGAGCACUUGCAAGCUCAGGAAUCGCACGCCAGACUCUCGUCUUUAGGAGGAGAGGACUCCGUAGAACCGUUGGAAUCUGGAUCACCAAGUACAUCGGCCAGCCUAGCGAAUCUGAAUCGGAAUGACUCCUCUCUCGAGGUCAGAGAACGACUCAGUUCGUUUGGUUCACGCAAGGGCAAGGAACGAGCUUUCAGCUUCUCAAGCAACGCUUCUGAAGCUCCCAGUACCGCUGCUAUCAAAGUCAAGCAGUCUUUCGAGGCCUUGUUCCGAGGUCGACCUAGUCGUUCAGCUUCGGCUGCGUCUCAGCAGCAGCGACCAAAUUUAUCGGCCUCAUCUUCCUUGCAGCCUCUGGAAGGUUUACGAAUCAACACCAAAGGCGUCGAAAAUCAACCUGACCCAGAAGCAAACUCUCUCAACUCGCCAAAAGCAUUCUCCCCGCCGACCUCGCCAGUGGCAACGUAUGGUCCAGAUGGAUCAAUGUUAAAUCGCGAGCCAAGCGGCCUUUCUGGAUACUCUGGUCAAUCCACCACGACCUUGGGACUGGGGUCCAUAUUCCCUGAUCCCCCAGAACGAGACCCAUCGUCAUCAAAUCUUGCAUCUUCUCCUUCCAAAUCCUUGUUGGGACCCUCGCCUUCACGCUCGUCCCUCGGGCCACCUCCAUCCCGCAGCACAUCCACACUGUUCGGCUCUUCUCGUCGACCCUCCCUUCCGUCCAUCUUGGAGAAAGCUGCUCAUCCAGGUCAAGCCAUACGUCAAGCCUUCAAGAGGGAUCACCAUCAUCAUCCUCAGAAUGGAGACUCGGCGCAUGUGGGAGCGACCAGUCCUACAUCUCCCAACUCUGUCUUCUCAUCCGCAUCGCGAUCUCCUCCUUCUUCUGGCUACUUUCGAGGUCGACAUCGUUCAAACGAUUACAAUGUCUCGCCCGAAACUCAACGUGUCAGAAAAUAUGGUCACAAGUACAUGUCAAAACACGCCUUGCUCCACCUCUUCCGUCGUGGUCACUCACCCCCAUCGCGCAGUCCCAGUCCACCUCAACGUAGUGAAUCCAGAGCGAGACCAUUGUUGCCCGAGGAAGUUGACGAAGGUAUUGAGAAACUGCGGCGAGCUUCCCUGGACCUGAGUAUGCGAGAAGGCAAGAGCGUUCGAGGAGACGAUGACCAGAGCGUCUUUUCAGGCCUCGAUGUGACCUUGCCGAACUCUGCACCGGCUCACAAGUCGAGCUUUUUCAGCUCCGAACUGGAACUCCCUACGUUCUCGUCGUUGACAAUUGAUCCCGCCAUGAUCCCACUCCCUUCUUCGCCUUCGCCCUCCAUAUCCACACUUGCAUCAGACAUUUCAGAGAGCCGAUUGUCGCCCAUCAAUCUACCAGAAAGACGUCAUACCACCAGUCGAAAGGGUAGUGGAAUGGCAGCACCUAGUCCUUUGGCAAAUGAAUGGGCUCAAUCGUCUGAUUCAGAUUCACCGUCUGUCAACUUGCGCAGGUCCAAAUCAGAAGUCGUCAAGUCUGCUUCGCAAACAACCAUCACCUCACCAAGUGGUACUGGGACCAGCUCUUCACGACAGCCAUCGACUCCGUCCAGUCCUCUUCACUUAUCGAUGACGGCCGAAGGACCGACUCAUGUCCAAACUGCCACUUCCAAACCUCGUUCGGCGACUCUACCCAGUCGUUUGGCAAAUUUUGGCUCUCCAAACCAAUCCGUCCCGCGAUCCCAAAGCGGUGGUCGGAUCAUGGGGUGGGCCGAAGGUGUCGACCUGAGAAAGGUUGCGUCUGGUAUACUGAGACGGCGAAGCACAAGAUCUCGCAAGCGAUCUGAUCCAAAGUCACCGACCAAAUCGGACAAUGCCCCUGCUCGCGACAACAUUCUCAAGAUCCAUCGAGUGUCGGAGGAGAAGGAUGUGACUCUGGAGGGGGACCAGGCAGAGACAGAGACUAUCAAGCUGGCGGAGAGAUCUGGCGCAGUCGGGGAAGCAGAAGGCAAACAGAGUCAAGAUUCUGGUACCAGGACAGAAGGAGGCGCAGAUGCUGAUAUCGAGGAGGACGAGGAUGAUGAAUACCACGACGCGGAAGAUGCCUCAUUGUUCGAUUACGCUCACUAUAUUCGAUUCGCCGAACCUCUCGAUAUGGAUCUGACGAGCUCGACAUCGACUUCGGAUCGUCCAUCGACGCCUGUUGUCGUGGUCCAAUCGCCAGUGGACGAAUCGGGAUCAGCGACCGUGGAAGUCAUCCACACACCUGAUGAGGAUCUGGCGGACGAGGUUCGCCAAGGAUACCUUUCCGCUUCCUCUGUUCUGCCCUCUCAGGUGGCGGCGCGGCUGGACGGGCAUGAUAACUCUGAUACUGAUAUUGCCACAACGGACACUGAACGGGGAGACCGGGAUGCUCGUCGCGCCACCUCAGAGGAGACGGAGCGAGGCGACCGUACCAGACCAGCAGACAUCAUCGAGGAGGAGGGCCCAUCGGCCGACCAGAAUGUGCAGCCGCCUGCAUCAUCGAUGACCAAACUGCUGGAAGCUGACGAGGAUGCCAUGGAGCCCGAGGCGCACCUAGAAAACAUGCCUGUGCAGCUCAAAAAGCCCACCCCGCCUCGAUCCAGAUUUGUCGAGAUCAUAUCGCAGGAAGACAUCGCACCCGUACGCAGGCAAAGUUCAUAUCGAUCAUGGACUCGGUUUGGAAGGUAUCGAGGUGCAUCGCUGUCGACUGCUGGGGGCACAGAAUCCACCCGUAUCGUCACGCCCCCAUCCCUCCGAAUGUCACUUGCCAGUUCCGAGGAUCUCGGGUCGUCACCGCCUCUUCACAAACGGGUAGGAAGCAUCAAGAGCUCCUCGCCUCCUGCGCCCUCAACAUCCAGUUUGUACAACGUCGAAAGCCGAGCCAGGGGAAAGAGCGUCUCAUCAAGUUCGACUUCAAAUUCAGGCAUGGGGUAUUCUUACGGUCAAUCGACAGCUGGCACGUCCCUGACACCGCCUUCGACCUUGUCUCUAGGAGGACAAGGCGGAUUCCCGCCGGUACCGGAGCACGAUGUCGUUCACCCCCAACCUCGUCGACAAGCCUCCACUUCGGCAGAAGCUCGUGAAUUGAUCAAGCAGACUGAGAGUGAUAUUUUGCAGAUUGCUCAGUUGCCAGACUCGCUCGAUUCAUCGAGAUCUCUCGCGGCACAACUUGCGGCGUAUGGAGAGAGUCAUGCGAUGGAAGAGGUCUUUGCGGAAAGAGAGAAGAAGAAGUAUAUUGGGAGUGAAGAUGGUGGUUCCGACCGGGACAGCUUUUUCAGUGCACUCAGUGACGGUGUAUCGCGAGUGCCGUCUGAGUUUGGCUCGGAAGGACGGCAGCGACCUUCCUCAUUACACAGCUUUGGCAGAAGAAGCUACGGUUCCAGCUUGUUCCCCGCUGAUGCGCCCCAAUCUGCGUCAAUCAACCUCAUUUACGACAAGCGGGCAGCAGCGUACAAGGAACGAAUGGCUGCGCUCACCGCUGGCCCAGCGCAUACGUUCCCUUCGUCAGCGUCGACGCACUCUCGUCGCUCUCAACAUCAUCGACGACGGGUCCAUGCCAAUGCGGCCAGAGCAGGAUCACCCAUGUCUACAGACGCUUGGCUUGAUGCGGGAUCCCAGCGUCCCGGCGGGCCUGCAGAUGCCCCACAAGACAACGGAGAGGCUGUCGACGAAUCCUACGCUGAUCAAUACCCUGGCAUCUCGUCACCUUUGCCACUCAAUAACCCUUCAUCGCAAUCUCCUCUCGCUCGUUCCGUUCGAAAAUUGUCAUUCCCACUGGGUUCCUCCUCGACACAUCAUCAACCAUCUUCGAAGCCAUCUUCAGUACUUGCGCCGUCCAUCAUUCGAUCCACUCGAUCACUGUCUCCCGCAGCCUCGCGUUUAGGCUCUGCCUCAUUCUCCGGUCUGACCCCUUUGACGACUCUGAACCCUAGCCGAUACGCUGGCCUAGCAUCACCGAUGCAAUCGCUAGGCAGCGUUGGUGCUGCUGCGGCUGCUCGUACACCCUCCAUCACCUCGGGCUUUUCGAAUGGCGCAGGAGCAGGCGGAACCAUUGUACCCUCCACCACUGGUUCCUCGCCAUAUAUUUCCGUCUUUUCAAAUCGAUUCACUGGACCUCACGAUGGUGAUGAUUCGGAUGACGAAGAACAACAACCUCAACAAUACAUGAUGAUUGAAAAUGAUUGGAUGGGCGGACACGUCGUCGAUCCAGAAGGAGAAAAGAAGAGUCGAUGGGAUCAUUUGAGAAAUUUUGGAAAACCUAAAAAAUGAUGAAAGAAGCGUCCAUCGGCAACGAGGAUCAUCAACACAUCAUUGUCAACGCAUCAACAACAACAACAACACACGGUGGGAUCACGGUUUUUUGGUGAAGGUUAGAAGUCUGGUUGUAUUCGUUUCAUCUCCUCGAAAUCCCCCUCCAUUUUCAUUCAGAUCCCUCUCCUUUUUCACCGUCGUAUUCAAUCCUACAUGUCUCCCAAAGACAAAAACGCUGGAACACUCAUUAAUCCAGCUCAUAUCGCCAUCAUCCCAAUCAUCAUCAUCACAAUCUCUAGCAUUUCCACCCAAUCUUGUAGAAUCUUUCUUGCCGUCAUACAUUUUAUCGGGCUCAGGGGCGUGCGUUCUCACGUCAUAUCUUGGGCAUCUAUGCAGAACCGGGGGUCACAUUGUAUGCAUCUUGUGGGCAAAG